AUGCCAUCGAUUUAUAAAACAAUUGAUGUUCUAUCCUCAUCUGAUUAUUCACAAAAUUCAACUGUUGGAAUAAUAAAUGAUCAAUUCGUAAUAAGUGAUGAACUAGCAAAACAAUUUGAAGAAGUACAUCCAAUAAAAAAUGGAAGGUCAAUGAUGCAAGUAUGUUAUCGAACGUAUCCAAGAGUUAUUUUAAUGAUGGAUUAUACAUUAGAUGAGGCAAUACUUCUUUAUCGUAAAUUGUUUUAUUCAACAUUUGAAACAAAACCUCGAGAAUGUGAUACAAAUAAAUUAUUAGAUCAAAUUGAGCAAUCUGAAUCAAAAUUCUUAGAUAUUAUUGUUGAUUUUGGUGGUGCAUUUGAAAGUGAACAUUUACAUUUAAUAAGAUGUGCUUUACCACAUGCUAUUAUCUAUUCAGUUGAUAUUUUGUAUGAAGAUCUUGAUUUAUUAAUUUGUAAUAUAAACGAAGAUGAAAGAAAAUGGUGUAUUAUACCCGUAUUUAGUUGUACGAACAAAUCUAAUAGAUUUCAAUUAAUUGAAUCUUUACGUCAAGAAAUUGUAAAAUCAUCAUCAUUCUGGUGCGGAAUGAAUAUAUGGAAACUAGAAUUUGAUCGUACAAUUGAUUAUUUACAAAUCUAUGAUCCAUAUACAGAAAUUCUUGAUUUAGAAAAAAUUCAUUUUAUUGAUACAAUAGAUAAAUGUGAAAUAAAACCAUGUUCUGUAUUUAUGGCUUAUAAUACUUAUAAUGCAACACCAAAUGUUGAUUCACUCAUAUCAAGUGGUUUAAUAGAUCGUCGUCAUACAAUAAUCGAUAUGAAAUAUGCUCAUGGACCCCAUGGAGACUUACCAUUUUUUCGACAAAAAAUUCCAUUAGAUAAUAAUCCAAGAUGGGAUGAUACACGUGCUCAAUUAGCUCAAUUAAGAUCAAUCGUCGGUGAAAAACCAGAAUUAUCAUUUUUAUUACCAAAAACAUCUGAACUUCACUGGCUUAAUAAUGAUAUGAUUGCACAAUUAUUAAAUGGAAAAUUACAUCAGAUUCACGUCAAUGACCAAGACGAUUCAAUGGCACAUCAAUUCGGAUUGACAGUUGAUUUUUGUUCAUCUAUACUUAAUAACGAAUCUAUUUCUAGACAUUAUAUUGAUUGUACUAAUUUGAAUUCAUUUAUGAUUAAACAUAAUCUGACGACUAUUACUUCAUCGAUUGUUCAACAAUGUAUUGAACAACACAUUGGUUUUCCAUGGAAAAAUGAAAUUAUUAAUAAAAAUCUUCCAAAAAGUUUCAUAAAAGAAUGUCUUAAUGAAGUUUUAGGAUCUAUUACUAAUCUUCAUAUUCAUAUUGAUUCUGAUGAUGCAUUAAAAUAUUCAUUUGAAUUUAUUCAUCAAUUAAAAAUUGAAAAUCCAACUAUUGAAAUUGAAGUAUCUUUUGAUGAUGUAUUAACUAAAGAAAGUUAUCAAUCAGUUAUUAUAUUAACAUUUGAAUGUAAUCAUAAUUAUGUUUUAGUAUAUUUACAACUUGAUUCUUUUAUUCAAUAUAUUUCAACAUGUCAAUCAUUAGAAGAUAUUCAAACAAAAAUUGAAUCAUCUGUAAGAUUUAGUUUUUCAUUAAGUCAAGGACAAUCAAUUAAAUGGCAUCAAAAUCUUUCAUUUAUUUAUGUUUCUGCUCAUCAAAAUAAUAUUAUUGAAGAGAUUCAUAAAAAUAUUUCAUCAAAAGGUUUAAAAGAUUUAACUUUCAUAACAAAAAAAUUAUCGUUUCUUGAUGAAUGGAAACAACCACAACAUUAUAAAAAUCAAGCUAUUCUAUGUUUUGAUUUCUCAACAAAGAUUUAUAAUUGGCGAACUAGUACAGAAAAAUAUGAUCAACUAGAUCAAUGGAUUUGGGAUAAAGAUAAUGGAAUAUUUACUGGACCGUUUAUAACUUUGUAUCCAAAUAUAUCAAAUUAUUUCAUUUCUGAAUAUUCUCAACUUGAUCAGUGUACAAAUGUUAUGGGUAUUUAUAAUUUACUUUGUAACAAAAUUUUAAUACUCUUUCAAUGGCGAAGUUUCUGUAGGUGGAAAUCUGAAAGUGAAUGA